GUAUGUAACACAUUAGAAAUUCAAAAGUAUGGCUCUUGGCUGUAGGAUAGGGGGGAAAUUCCCACAAGGGAGACUGGGCUUUCAUCUAUCAAACAGAACUUCAAAAUGUUUCAGGGGUACUUUAGUAAAUAACUAUACUCCUACAAGAUAAGCUUCUUUCCGCUAACAAGAGGACUCCAUCCCAACCAACCGUUCAAAAUACAUGUAGCUCAAAGAGAAAAACAGUUGGGAUCAAAUCAUGGGAAUCCAUGCCUAUGCAAGAGCGCCUUCUUUACCAUUGCAACUCUCACUAACCUCAACCAAAAACACAGCCCAAUUCCCAAUUCCCAAAAACCAAUACUCCCACCACUCAAUCCACCUCAAUCCAAUCUCAGCCACUCUAAAUUCGCCCAAAGGCUUCGGACCCGCCCCAAAGAAAGCCAGCAAAUCCAAGAAACCAAACAAGAAAUAUGAAAGCGAAGACGAAGACGAAGAAGAGGAAGAGGAAGAGGAAGAUGAGAGAGAAGAAGGCGUGAUUCCGGAAAUCGUGACGAAUAGGAUGAUGAGCAGAAUGGGACUGUCAGUUGGAAUCCCACUUUUCAUUGGGCUCUUAUUCUUCCCCUUCUUCUACUAUCUCAAGGUAGGGCUGAAAAUUGAUGUCCCCACAUGGGUGCCCUUCAUCGUGUCGUUUGUCUUCUUCGGGACUGCGCUUUUGGGGGUCAGUUAUGGAAUUGUGUCGGCCAGUUGGGAUCCCUUGAGGGAAGGCUCCCUGCUCGGCUGGACUGAGGCUAAGAAGAAUUGGCCUGUUUUCUGGCAGUCCAUUUGGGGUGGGAACAAGAAAUAGUAAUUUCUUCCACUUUUUCCUCUGUUUCUUUCACUUUUGGUAUCAUGUGUUUUCUUUUCGGUUGAUUUUGUAUGCUGUUCAAGUUGAUAGAAUUAGAUUAGAUUUAUUGCAAAAUGCAGGAGAGGUUUGGAAGAAAAACAGUGAAUGUGAGGAUCAUUAUUCAUUCAUGGUUAAAUUGAGAUUCAUUCAUGGUUAAAGUUAAAGGAAUGUCAAGGAUUGGUGAUUUCAUGCUA